GCUGAAGUCGCCUCUCCGUUAUGACCCGACAUUGAAACCAAUUUUGCUUUUCCUCACUAUGCAAAUUUUUAAAGAACUGUCAGUCGUGCUGAAGGCUGUUGAUUUAAAUCCCACCCGCUGCAAGGGCUACGUGCGCCGAGGAUUUGAUGGGACAUCUGAAAUGGCAUCGGAAGAUGUAAAGAAACGGCAGUUUUCUGAUGUCAAAAGUGCGUGUACAUAACGGCACAAUGCUUGUUAGCCGACAACCAUGUCCUUUGCCAGCUGCAACCCCCGGUCAGGAUCGCUGUCUCUCCAUCACCCUUCAAGUGAAUAUGGCCAGGUGUGCUUUUCGCUGAACGGCGGGUUGCUACUUAACAGCAACUGGUUCGCUUGCCAAACGUCGCAAAAGACGAGAAUCCACCUGCAGCCCAUAUCCGAGCUUGCAUUUUCCCUUCCCGCAGCGCUCUACCGGCCUCCUUCAAGCUUUCCCUGUAAUGCGGAGUAUGUGAUGGCCGAGAAUCAGACGACGGACUUCGCAGCUACCGAUAUUCCCCUGAAUUCGCUUCCUCACCCCCAGCUGGCACGCCCUGGCCGCGAUCCCGAUCGUUCCUUACAGCAAGACUUGGAGAACGGCAUAGGAGAUAGGACCUGUGAAGAUCGUAUUCUUCCGAAUGGGUACCGACGAUCGCAAGAAAUGAGUCCCGAUGAUGAACUCGAAGGGAGAAAUCGCGAAGAAGUUAUCCCCCACCAAAUACUUCCGUGGAUGCGCAGGCCCGGGAGAUCGACGGAACACCUGCGUAAGUGCGGCGCGAUAUGCACGUGGAUACGCGGUCCGGAGGUGCCCCGAAUUUCACGAAUAAAUCCAUUCUUUCCAAAUAUCCAGAGAGCGCCCAUCCGACUCCUGGAUCGAUGGCUACCAGGACGAAAAUGGAAAUUCGGCGUUCUUUCAAUUUUCUGCGCUCUGUGGAUUGUGUCGUUCUCGUUAACCCUUCAUCAGUCAGUGAUGGGCCCCGUCCUCCCAGGCGAUGAGCCUACUGCUCAAUUAUCCUGUAUCGCAAGUUUGUGGCCAAACGGCACAGACUGUGGACUGGACGGCGACCUUUGUAGGCCUUUCAACGCCAGCUCCUUCGCGUUUCGCUGUCCUGCAUACUGUUCAAGGGUUAAGGCUUUCGAGCCCUACGCAGUAGGCGCUGACGAGAUAUUAUACAAGACUAUAGUGAUCGGAGGCCAUUCUGACAAAGAAUAUCCAAUAUAUCGCGGAGAUUCCUUUAUCUGCCCAGCUGCACUGCAUGCCGGUAUUAUUAGCGAUAAAACCGGAGGCUGCGGCCUCUUGUCGCGUCUCGGCGAGCAAAGUAAUUACCCUGGUACCAAAGCCAACGGGGUCUCAAGCACUGCGUUUCCUUCAUAUUUUCCCUUGUCGUUCACUUUUGAAAAACUCUCAGAUGGCGCGGAUUCUCAAUGCCAAGAUUUACGCUGGCAUUUGCUUGCUUUAUCAGUGGCCUUCACUUCGCUGCUGUCACUCUUUACAGCUUCGGGCGCGGUCUUCUUCACUUGCUCCUUCACUGGGAUCUUUUUGCACGUCGCUCUUGUGUCGGAUACACCCGAGUCCUACAGCUUUUCUAGUGUUGUUUCUAUCGCAUUGGCGAGAUUCCUUCCUGCAGGAUUUGUCGCGUUUGCGAUCUAUUACUUCUGGGCACGGAUAACUCUCCGUAACCUCGAUGCUCAGGUGGAGAAGACGAUUCUCUGGCUUGGAGGUUGUUGGGUUGGCGCUUUGCAUAAUUACACGCUUGAUCGUAUUCCCCUAUCUCGACUGACACCACACGACCUGAAGCAACAGCCUGGCGCGAUAUUUGCACUUCUGAUUUUGGUUCUCGUGAUCGCCGCAAUAGCCUUGGUCCAGGCUUGGGUCCUGCGAACCGAGGGCAGACUGCUCAACUUUCUCAAGCUAUAUGCCUUGAUUGGCAGUGUUCUUCUGAUUUUGUUGGCGAUUCCACACAUGCACCUGCGCCUUCAUCAUUACAUUAUAGCGUUGCUUCUUCUACCGGGGACUGCAACGCAGACUCGUCCCACCCUACUGUAUCAGGGAUUUCUUGUCGGUCUUUUCAUCAACGGCGUCGCAAGAUGGGGUUUCGCAAGUAUCCUCGAGACAUCCAUCGAAUUACUCAGUAAUGCACAGAUGAACAGCCCCCUUCCAUAUAUUCCUGAGCCAACAAUCACCAAUAACUCAAUUACCUUUAGUUUCUCCAAUUUGACUGCCGGUUUCGGUGGGAUUAGCGUGCUGGUGAAUGAUGUUGAGCGCUAUCGGUCAUACGAAUCCUACAACAAAAAGUCAUUUACAUGGAGACACCAUCCAGAGGUGACGUUGGAAUUCUUCAGGUUUGGCUAUAUUUUCCGGGACGCCUUUGGAAAUUCCUGGUUUGGGGAUUUUACCAAGGCUGGCACAUGGAAGGAAGAUGGAAGUUGGCAGCAUAUGAAGCCUGGACCAAGUCGAUGA